CAAAGGGAAAGGAGCUGCGCCACAUCCAACCAGGAAGGCAGAUCUGAGCACUUACCGUCAUCUCAGGAAUUUGUCAGGACAGAAGCCAGAGGCCAGCAAUGCCGAGCAGCGAGCAGUUGAAAAGCCCAGCCUGCAAGCACCUCCUCCUCUUUAUUCUCUCCCAAUUCAUACUCGCCCUCUGUUUGUUUACAUACCUUCGGCCCUCCAGGGACCGAGGCCCAGAGCCCCAGGCUGGCAAUCCCUCUGCACUCACAAUCCAGCCUGGGAACAACCCCACAGCUCCACAGGCUGGUUCGGAACUGAUCAUCCUGCUAUGGACCUGGCCCUUUGGGCAGCCUGUUGCUCUGCAAAAAUGCUCUGAGCUCUUGGGCAUCGGGGACUGUCACAUCACGGCCAACCGCAGCUGGUACCACAAGGCCAAUGCGGUGAUUGUGCAUCACUGGGAUGUGUGCUCCAGCCCAAAGCAACUGCCCCAGGGCCCACGGCCCCCAUCCCAGCACUGGAUCUGGUUCAAUCUGGAGUCCCCCAGCCACAGCCGUAACCUGGGCUUUAUGGAUAACCUCUUCAACCUGACCAUGUCAUACCGGAGGGACUCGGAUAUCUUCACCCCCUACGGGUGGCUGGAGGUCCUCAGCCAGCCCCAGAACUUCAGCAUCCCAGCCAAGUCCAAGCUGGUGGCCUGGGUGGUGAGUAACUGGAACCCAGCCUCCCGCCGGGUGCAGUACUAUGGGGAGCUGAAGAAAUACCUCCACGUGGAUAUAUACGGCCGCCAGCACAUGCCUCUGCCCCGGGACAAGCUCGCCUCCACUCUGUCUCAGUACAAGUUCUACCUAGCCUUUGAGAACUCGCUUCAUGAGGACUACAUCACCGAGAAACUCUGGAGCAAUGCCAUGGGCUCGGGGGCCGUGCCCGUUGUCUGCGGCCCCCCCCGAGAAAACUAUGAGCGCUUUCUGCCCCCCGAUGCCUUUAUUCACAUCGAUGACUUUCCCAGUGCUCAAGGGCUGGCCCAGUACCUCCAGGAGCUGGACAAGGACCCAGCGCGCUACCAGCGCUACUUCCAGUGGCGAACGUGGCUAAAACCGUCCGAGCGAAUUUCCUGGAACAUCCACUUCUGCAAAGCCUGCCGGGCCUUGCAAAUGACAGAGACCUACCAGACCAGGAACAGUUUGGCCAAGUGGUUCCGCCGCUAG